CCUUCUGCCCCGUCGCCUGGCCGCUGGGGGCGCGCACAAAGCCGUGCGGAGACGCCUCCCUCAACCCGGCCAGCGCCAAGGCCACAAAGACCCACCCGCCACAGCCGACCAGAGCAGCCUGCUCCCUUGCUGCUGGCCACCCAUGCAUUCCCUGGACGAGCCCCUGGACCUCAAGCUGAGUGUCUCCAGACUCCGGGCAGUGCGGGAUAAGCGUGACUGGGCCCUGGGCAGCCCCAAGUGCCAGACUCUGCGCCAGACCACGGAGGACAAGGGCUGCCUGGCAGCGCACCCGGGCUCCCCCGGCUCCCCUCCUGAUCGCUUCCAGCCACACUCCCAACGCCAAGACAAGAGGGACCACCAGUUCUGCUCGCCUCCCACCGUUGACCUGAGCCUGUCCCCUUCUCCGCCAGGCCGGGACUCCCCCAGCGGCAGCACGUCUGUCUCCCCCGAUAGGCAGCAUGGUGGGGAGCUGGUGAAUUGCUCCAGCUUGUGCGACCUGCAGUCCCUGCGCUACAUCGACAGCCUACGCAGCUCCUUCCAGUUCUUCCUGCCUCUGAACUCAGGGGGGUCGCUGCACCUGCCCGCCUCAGCUUUCCUGGCGCCUCCCAAGGAGAAACGGCUUUCCUCAGAGGCUGCUGGGCAGAAGCAGCUGCUGUGCCGCUGGUCAAAGUGCAACCAGCUGUUCGACCUCUUGCAAGACCUCGUGGAUCACGUCAACGACUUCCAUGUGAAGCCAGAAAAGGAUGCCGGCUACUGCUGCCACUGGGAGGGUUGUGCCCGCCACGGCAGGGGCUUCAAUGCCAGGUACAAGAUGCUGAUCCACAUCCGCACGCACACCAACGAGAAGCCCCACCGCUGCCCCACCUGCAACAAGAGCUUCUCCCGGCUGGAAAACCUGAAGAUCCACAACCGCUCCCACACAGGAGAGAAGCCCUACCUCUGCCCCUAUGAGGGCUGCAACAAGCGCUACUCCAACUCCAGCGACCGCUUCAAGCACACCCGCACCCACUAUGUGGACAAGCCCUACUACUGCAAGAUGCCUGGCUGCCACAAGCGUUACACCGACCCCAGCUCCCUCCGGAAGCACAUCAAGGCCCACGGGCACUUCAUCGCCCAUGAGCAGCGGGAGUUGCUGAAGCUGCCGCCGCCCGCCAAGCCCCACCUCGAGGCAGAUGGGCCCUACCUCGGUGGGGCACAGGUUGUCGUCCCUGCCUCAGCCACCCUCUUUGGCAGCCCCAGCCUACCCCUCCCGCUCCCCCAGGCCCCCCUGGAUCUCAGCACCUUAGCCUGCGGGGGGCUGGGCACGGCGGCCAUCGCGGGCCUGCCCAGCCCCGUGCUGGCCCCCCUGAACUUGGCCAAGAGCCCCCUGCUGGCCUCCCCCUUCUCGGUGGGCAGUAUGGGGCUGCCAGUUGUGUCCCUGCUGGCUGGCACCUCUGCCAAGGCGGCCGCUGAGCGAGGGCAGGAGAGCGGUGCCCGGCCCAGCAAAGGCAGCGGCCGGUCCCCAGGGAUCCAGCGUUGCAAGGUGGCCGGCGAGAGGGUGGAGCUGGCCAGGCUGCGGACAGCCACGGACAGCCUCUCGCUGCUCCCCGGGGGCGUCCUGGACCUGUCCACCGGCACGAACUCGGGAUCUGCUGAAGCCCUGCCACCAGGCUGGGUGGUAAUCCCAGCUGGCUCCGUUUUACUGAAGCAAGCCGUGGUGAACUAAGCAGAGAAGAGUGAGGAGGAGGACUGGAAGGAAGAAAAGAUUGGCUUGCCCAGGGACACUGGCAGCUGCUCCGGCCUUUAAUCCAAGUGAGGCAAGACCGUUUGCAAGGGAGAGCCACUGAGCUGCCACCGGGAAGUAGGAAGGUCCCGUCCCCCCCUCCAUGCUCCCAGUUUGCUGCUCCCUCCCCACACGGCAACUGCGGCUUUCCACGACAGGGGAGCUCACCUCUUCUGAGCAAAGCAAUAAGCAGCUUCCCACGGCAGCAGCCAGGAAUGCUCCCCACUCCAUUCUCCCCCAAUGCCAGGCAGGGCAGAUUCAGGAACACUUCAUGGUCAGGAGUGCCAAUGCAGAAAGCAAUGCCGCAUGGUUCAUUGCUAUAAUGGCUCUGCAGCCAGGCUGCCCUUUUCUCAGCUUCUGGCUUCAGCCUGGCUGCUCCCCAGCAUAGCCCAAGUACCCCCCUGCAGAGGAACACCAGGCCAGCGGGGAGCUUGCCUCAAGAAUUCAGCGUCCAAGGCUGCCUUCCCCUCUUCAUGUGGAGCCCAGCAGUGCCAUCCUAUCAGAGGGCUUUUUCUCUCCCCUUUGACUGCUGUUAAGAAUCCCAUAAUGGGAGAGCUGCUACCAGCCACCCCCUGCCUUGUACCUGGCACCUGGCACCUGGCUCAGGCCUCCCUGACCUGACAAGGCACACUACCCCAGUGUGCUGCUGAUUGGGCCUUUCCCUGACGUGGAGGAAUUGAAAUGCUCAUUUCCCCCUAUUAGUAUCCUUACAUUAAAGCUGUGCGACAACCUACAGAGGCAGCGAUGAUGGAAAGACGGUGAAUAAUCAGGCUUUGCGCUGGGCCCUGUGCUGCUUCUGCCCUGCAAACUUUAGGGAAUUCCCUCCCUUGCUUUUAGGAAUGCAGAGCACUGGGCAAAGUUGGCAUCCUUCACACAGGUCUGAGGGAGGAGAGCCAUUUGAGGAGAUGUUGCAGCGGUUGGAGUUCCCAAGGGAAAGUCCCCACACGUCAGUGCUAUGGAGCUGCUCAAGGCUGGCUGGGGGAAAGCGGAGGCCCAGGGCUGAGCGGACAAAGUGCCGGGCCUGAGCCAGUGGCAGGCAAGCAAUCCACCUGAGUAACAGGAGAAGCCAGGGCGCCCCAGCUGCCCAUUCCCCAUGCCCUGAAAGCAGGUCCUGCCAACGAAUGCCACCAUCUUCUGCACUCCUGCAGAGCAGCAGCACCCACUUUGCACUCCCCACCAUCUCAGUUCCUCCUGGAGCAGCCCAGAUUACCUCUUGACUGCCCUCCUCGUAUUGGGGGGUUACUCCAUGUUUCCAUUUCCUCUUCCUAGAGAAGGGCAUUCCUGUGUUUCCCUUGGCAUUUUUUCCCCUGGGAACUUCUUUUUGUGGGCCUGCAAGAGUUCCUCUGCCAGCUGUACACCAU